AUGUCGCUACCUAAUUUGGGAGCCUUUAUCCAAGUUGAAGGCUCGAGUCGUAUCCCCAGCCCACCAGCGGCAGCCAAAAAGGACAAGCACAACAUUCCCCGAUCCGGAAGUGCUUAUGAACUACGGGAGCUUGGUCCACAACCAGUCUCUGUGGGCUUAUCCUCCUCACAAAAGCUCAGCGCCAUUACUUCAUCGAGCCCUCAGCCCACACCCCGUGUGUUGGAGGCGGACCAGCAUGAUUCUCCUACUGCUUCUGAAGCUCAGGACUGGGCACCAGACCGUACGGUUAUGCCAUGGAAGACAAAGUGGCGGCUAUUGAGUUGCAGUAUGAUAAAUUUUGGAAAUGGCAUGAACGACAGCGCGCCCGGAGCGCUGAUCCCAUACAUCGAGAAUCAUUACGGCAUUGGAUAUGCCAUUGUCUCGCUGAUUUUCGUAACCAAUGCGUUGGGCUUCAUCUCAGCCGCCCCGGCUACUCAUGCCAUCGAGCACAAGCUGGGCCGAUCAAAGAGCUUCGCUCUGGCGAUGUCACUGCUGGCUGUCAGCUACGUGAUUAUUAUCUGCCAGCCACCCUUCCCGGUGGUGGUCCUCAGUUUCUUCCUGCUUGGGUUUGGCAUGGCUCUCAAUUUGGCUCUCAGUAAUGUUUACUGUGCCAACUUGCCUAACUCCACAACUGCCUUGAGCUUUCUUCACGGGGGCUACGGUCUCGGUGGCACGGUCGCUCCUUUGUUCGCCACGGCGAUGGUCUCGAAUGGAAUCCGCUGGUCGCUUUUCUACAUUGUUUCCCUGUCCUUCUGCUUGCUCAACCUCAUCUAUGCUUCAUGGGCAUUUGCCGACUUCGAAAGUGACACACCGGCUGAACUGAUUCGUUCAGCAAGCUCGCGCCCAUCGACGGAAGAGGGAGCUGUAUCCAGAAUGCAGCAGCUGAAACGAGCCAUCCACAAUCGCACGACUCUUCUGGGCGCCUUUUUCAUCUUCGCCUACCAAGGCGCUGAGGUUUCCACAUCCGGCUGGGUGGUUUCGUUUCUGAUCAGCUACCGAAACGGUGACCCAUCGCACGUUGGGUACGUCAGCGCGGGUUUCUGGGCUGGAAUCACAGUCGGACGGUUCCUACUCACACAUCCCGCAGCCACGCUGGGCCACAAGACUGCCGUCCUGAUCAUGGUGGCAGGUGCUGUGGCAUUCCAAUUAAUGACCUGGUUGAUUCCAAAUAUCGUCGGAGAUGCCGUAGCGGUUGCCAUUUUGGGUCUGCUUUUAGGACCUGUGUACCCGAGUGCGACGGCUGUAUUCACCCAGCUACUACCUCGCAGGAUGCACAUGACCAGUCUGAGCUUCAUCAGUGCUCUUGGAAGUAGCGGUGGUGCAGUCUCACCUUUCUUCACCGGUCUCCUUGCGCAGCAUGUGGGAACUAUGGUGCUACAUCCAAUCUGUCUUGGGCUGUAUGGACUGAUGGCGGCCAGCUGGCUUUUCUUGCCCAAGGUUUCGAAAAGAUCCGAAUAA